AUGCGACAAGUGCUACUACUACAACUACUCUUAGGGCUAAAGGCAUCCGCCUCCUCCGGCUGGGGGCCGCGGAAAUUCACCACUCUAGUCACCUUUGGGGAUAGCUACACCGACGAUACACGAUUCUCAUACUUCUCAACACAUAAUGACUCCGCUCCGCCGGUGGGAUGGGUCGAACCGGACGCCAACAUCUCCUCCUCCGGCGGCCCAACCUGGCCGCACUAUGUCUCGACCUUCCACCCGACCACCAAAAACCGGUACAACUACGCCGUCGCCGGCGCCACCUGCUCCAACGAGAUCAUCGCGCGCGCCUACGACCCCACGGCGGGCUACCUGUUCCCCUCCGUGCUGGACUACGAGGUGCCCGCCUUCACCGCGGACGCGGCCUACACCGACCCCGCCACCAACCAACCCUUCUUGAACCUCGCUGCCGACGAAACCGUCUACGCCAUCUGGAUCGGCACCAAUGAUCUCGGGAAUAAUGCCUUCCUCACGGACUCGCAGCUCAACAAUGCCACGCUCGUGGAUUAUCUGGAUUGUGUGUACACGGCGUUGGAUGGGGUGUACAACGCUUCGUCGGGUGGCUCGGCACGGAAGGAUAAGGGGGGCAGCAGAGCAGCGAAGUACUUCGUGAUCAUGAAUGUGGUGCCGCUGCAGCUGGCGCCGUUGUAUGCGACGCCGGACAAUGGCGGGGUCGGGCCGAAUAACUACUGGAAGGAUAAGCCGGCGAAUCUGACGGAGAUCAGUGGCCGCAUGGAGGGCCAGGUCGUGUUGGUGAAUGAGGCGUUUCGGUAUCGCACGCCCGUCGAGGUGUUGGUCAAAAAGCGGUGGCCGGGGGUGCAGGUGGCGGUUAUGGAUGUUUAUUCUUUGAUCUCCGAGAUCUAUUAUAACCCCACACAGUAUCUGAACGGCACUGCGCCGGCGAAUGUCACCGGAUUCGAGUAUCAUUGCAAUAUCAAUGGAACAGACUGUAUAAGAUCGGACAGUCCGGAUUCGUUCCUGUGGUUCGACCAACUGCAUCCAUCCGCGCGGACGGAUCAGAUCAUCGCGGAGGAGUUUAUCAAGGUGGUGAGCGGGAAGAGUCGGUUUGCCGAGUAUUGGUCGUGAAAUGGGGUGAAAGAAGUGCCAACAGUUCGGUUUAGAUGUGACAAUGAGGAAUGAGCUUCGUUUUUGUUUGCUUGCUGCGCAGCAAGUGAUGCUG